AUGGCGGCAUUGGUUGGGGAGAAGAAGAGGGUGGUGGUGGUGGUGGUUGGCGGUGGAGUUGCCGGCUCUGUUAUCGCCAAGACCCUUCAGGACGAAGCUGAUGUUUUUCUCAUAGAUCCGAAGGAAUUUUUUGAGAUCACUUGGGCAAACUUGAGGGCAAUGGUUGAACCUUCAUUUGCAGAGAGAACGGUGAUUAACCACUCUGAAUACCUUCCUAAUGCUCAUGUUAUUACAUCUUAUGCAACUAGCAUCACUCAAAAUGAUGUAAUGACUUCAGAAGGCCAUGUAAUUUCAUACGAUUAUCUUGUCAUUGCCACUGGACAUGUAGAUCCUGGUCUGCGUACAAGAGCUGAGAGGCUUAAUCACUACCAAGCAGAGCAAGAAAAGAUAAAGUCGGCAAAAUCAAUAUUGAUCGUUGGGGGAGGGCCUAGUGGUGUAGAAUUAGCUGCUGAGAUCAUAGUUGACUUUCCUGACAAGAAGUUGACCCUGGUGCACAGGGGAUCAAGGCUACUCGAGUUUAUCGGUAAAAAGGCUGGAAAAAAAGCCUUGCAGUGGCUGACUUCAAAGAAGGUCGAAGUCAUCUUGGGCCAGUCAGUAAAGCUGAACUCCGGAGUGGAGGGUGUGUACGAGACGUCAGGUGGCGAGAAGAUUAUUGCCGAUUGCCAUUUCCUUUGCACCGGCAGCCCUCUUGGUUCGUCUUGGCUAAAAGAGACCAUUUUGAAGGACAGCUUAGACAUGCAUGGGAGGCUGAUGGUCGAUGCAAAUCUAAGGGUCAAGGGUCACACCAACAUCUUUGCUAUCGGCGAUAUUACUGAUAUUCCUGAACUCAAACAAGGAUACUUGGCUCAUGCGCACGCAUCAAUUGCUGCGAAGAACGUCAAGUUGUUAAUGCAGGGAGAAAGCAAGAGCAAGCUGUCAACUUAUAAGCCGGGCCCAACAAUGGCACUCGUUUCACUUGGCAGAAGAGAGGGAGUGGCGCAAAUUAUGUGCCUGACUAUGUGUGGCCGCAUUCCUGGAAUCAUAAAAUCGGGAGACUUGUUUGUGGGGAAAACCCGCAAGCAACUUGGUCUAGAACCCCACUAA